AGUAGGAAAUACAAAGUUACGAACUAGGAAUGUCUCUCCUUAUGUACUACGCGUCUAGGAAUGUCUAACCCUCUUAAGCAUCCUUCUUAGUGCAAUUGUUGGUUGUGCUUUGGCAUUUGGGUGUUUCUCGGCAGCUUCCAUGGUGGCAAGGCGAAGAGAGUACUUGUUCCAUGGUGGCAGUAUAGUUCACAUCCUCCAUCUUUGAUGGUUCUAUCAUCCUUUUCAAGUUUGAGUUGUAUUUUGGGAUUUUGAUUUUCGUCGGAUACAUUGUACUUGAUACCCAGGCUAUAAUUGAGAAGGCACACAAUGUUAAUCUGGAUUAUGUGGAGCACGCAGUCACUUUGUUCACAUACCUUGUGGUCGUAUUUGUCCAGAUUCUUAUCAUCAUGGUUUCGUAGCGUCAAACGGUGAAGCUUUGAUGAGCAACGAGAGGGAGAGGAUCAUGUAAAUGAGAACCUGAUGCCAUUAUUAAUUUGAAUCUUGAUUCUCAUCAGAAGUCCAUCACCACACUUUCCAUAGGGUUACAGGAAAGAGAUUUGACGCCACUGACAGAACUACAGAAGGAACAAAAACAUCAAGUCAAUAAGCAUGAUAAGGAGAACAUUUUGGUCAAUCAGUCAUUACAAAUCUUCUGAGGCUACUCUUAUUCAGCAUUCACUCCAGUACAGGGAUAUCAACUGCAAGUUUAUCUGACAUCUUUCUCCAACUCAAGGAAUCACAACUAGCUCAAGGAAGAAGAUAAUUAUUAGAGGAAAUGGAGAUGGAUAAAUUUUAGGGAAAAAGACUGUAAUGUCAUCAGAAAGGAGUAUAAUUGAUAAAGGGUCCUGGGAUGGGAGCAUUUCAUCUAGAGAGUUCUACAUUGCUGCUUGUGCAUUUAGUGAGCAAUGGCAGAAGUUUAACCCUGCUUUUCCUCAAUGGUCAUGGUGCAGAUGUCCAAAGCUUCUUGGGGUUCCUUCCACUGGAGUAGACGGUUAUCUCUGCGUGGAUGGUGUAAUUCCACCUCCCGGGUCUAUUGUGGAAGAUAAUCAUGAAUAUGGCGACGGUAUAAUAAAAGAGACAGGUUGCUUGGAGGAAGAUGACAUUAUUGAUAGUGCUGCAUUGGUUCAACCUCAGAGAUGUGAAAGGUGCUGUUACGACUUCCACAUUGUUUACAGCUUAUCUUAUAGGGUUCCUGUGCUAUACUUCCGUGCAUAUUGGAGUGAUGGACAACCUUUGGCAUUGCAAGAGCUGGAAAAGAACAUCCCUGAAAGCACAAGGCAGGAACUGACAGUACACAAAUGGACCUUUAUAACACAAGAGGAGCACCCAUACCUGAAUCAGCCUUGGUUCACACUACAUCCAUGUGGGACUAGUGAGUGGAUGAAUGAUACGGAGCAGACGCGUGCGACCGAAGACGAAGAAGCAGAGGGCCGCAGGCCCUUGAUUGUUUAUCGCAGGCGGGGUCGGGAGAAGCCCACAUCCGUGGGCCAGGCUGGAUGAAUGAUACGGAGCAGACGCGUGCGACCGAAGACGAAGAAGCAGAGGGCCGCAGGCCCUUGAUUGUUUAUCGCAGGCGGGGUCGGGAGAAGCCCACAUCCGUGGGCCAGGCUGGAUGAAGAGUUAUUUAGCUUAAUUCUUAUUUAAUUAGUAUUGGCUUUUAAUUAGUUUCCUAGUUUCAGUUUAUUUCCUAAUAUCAAUAAUUUAGGAGUUUCCUAAAUUAUUUUCAGUUUAUUUCCUAAUAUCAAUAAUUUAGGAGUUUCCUUUAUCCAAGGAUAAGUUGUCUAUUUAUACCCCC